AAGUCAAAACAAAUAAAUACCGCGGGAUUUUACGCUAUUUGUGUAUGAAAACAUGUUACACUGACAAAAGCAUUUAGUAGGUAUUGCAAAUUGCAACCAUGAAACAAGUGUUGAUUAUUGUGUGUAUCGUAACAUUAAGUUACUGCGAUUUAGAAUCAAAUUUCUAUAGAGAAGAACCAUGUGCAUCUAAAAAGGGAUACUGCGUUCUGGAAAAAGAAUGCCCUGGACCUUUAACAGCCGAUGUAAAGAACAAAUGUCCCCAACAACACAAGGAAGGAGCAGUUUGUUGUACCUCAAUACCACAAGACCAACUCAAUUGCCGACAGUUACACAACGAAUGUCAAAGUACUUGUCCACCAAAUUUAUCAUUGGGUAGAAAAGGAUGUCCCGUAGACACUCAAUGUUGUGUCUUAGUAUAAUAAAAAUACAAAUAAUAAACAAAAAUCUGUACUAAUAUAAAAAUCCUUAAGUGACUGA